GGCUACAGAGACAUCAAGGUGCCCACGUUGGAAAUAUGCCUCUUGGAUUUGUUGGAUUCAGAUUAUACUUUUUGGUCUUAGCAGGAAAGUUCUUCCUGCACAGCAACACAGAGGAGCUGCCAGCUGAUCAUCUCCUCCAACCAACCCAGCAGGAGUCCUCUCUACUGAAGCCCACAGUGCUGAUCACUAUCCUGGCACGCAACGCUCAACACAGCCUCCCUUAUUUUUUAGGAUGCAUUGACAGACUGGACUAUCCAAAGGACCGCAUAGCCAUCUGGGCAGCCUCAGACCACAGUGUGGACAACAGCACAGCCAUGCUUCAGGAGUGGCUCAGAGGAGUUCAACACUUGUACCACUCAGUGGAGUGGAGGCCCGCGGAGCAACCAAGCUCUUAUGAUGAUGAACAGGGUCCUAAACACUGGCCUGACUCUCGGUUCAUCCAUGUGAUGAAGUUAAAGCAGGCAGCACUCAGAGCUGCCAGGCGUCUUUGGACUGACUACAUACUGUUUGUGGACAGUGACAACUUGCUGACAAACCGUCAGGUGCUAUCAGACAUGAUAGCAGAGAAUCUGACAAUUGUGGCACCCAUGUUGGAAUCAAAAGACCUUUAUUCCAACUUCUGGUGUGGCAUGACUCCUGAGGGCUACUACAGACGAACUCCAGUGUAUAUUCCCAUUCGUAAAUGGAAGCGUCAUGGUUGCUUUGCAGUCCCCAUGGUGCACUCCACAUAUCUGCUGGACCUGAGACGCAGAGCCAGCCAAGCAUUGGCCUUCCACCCUCUUCACCCCGACUACCCCCACAGUGUAGAUGACAUCAUGGUCUUUGCUUUCUCUGCACAGCAAGCAGGAGUUCAGAUGUACGUGUGCAACAAGGACCAUUAUGGAUAUUUACCUGUGCCCCUUAACCAAGACCAGACACUGGAGGAAGAAGAGGAGAGUUUUACCCACACACUGACGGAGGCACUCAUUUCCUACACAGUGGAGCCAUCACAGUAUGUGCACACUGUGCCUAAAGAACCAGCAAAGUUGGGAUUUGAUGAGAUCUUUCUGAUCAAUCUGAAGCGCCGGUCAGACCGGCGGGAAAGGAUGCUGAGUACUUUGUCUGUCCUCGGCAUCCACGUCACACUGACAGAAGCCGUGGAUGGCAAAGCCUUAAACUCCUCUCAGCUGCAGGCCAUGGGUAUAGACAUGCUGCCUGGGUACAAAGACCCAUAUUCAGGCCGUGUACUAACUAGAGGGGAGAUCGGCUGCUUCCUCAGCCACUACAACAUCUGGAAACAAGUGGUGCAGCAGGAACUGCAGCAGGUGCUCGUACUGGAGGAUGAUGUGAGAUUUGAGCCCAGAUUCUGCAGAAGACUGAUGACUAUUAUGGAAAAUGUACAGAGUGUGGGACUUGAAUGGGAUCUCAUUUAUGUAGGCCGUAAGCGUCUGCAGGUGAAGGAACCGGAGUACUGGGUGAAGGGAGUCAGCAACCUCGUGCACCCACACUACUCCUACUGGACGUUGGGAUACGUCCUGUCGCUUAAUGGGGCCAAGAAGCUGCUGCAGGCAAAACCCUUGAACAAAAUGCUGCCGGUUGAUGAGUUCCUACCUAUCAUGUUCAACAAGCACCCCAAUGACGAGUACAUGCAGUAUUUUGAGCAGAGGGACCUGAGUGCGUUUUCAGUGGAGCCUCUGCUGCUCUUUCCCACACACUACACUGGCCAGCCGGGCUACUUCAGCGACACAGAGACCUCUACCAUCUGGGACGAUGAGGCCGUGGGCACAGACUGGGAUAGAGAUGGAGCCAAACGCCAGCAGGUGCAGAAAACUGAGAAUGUAGGGUUUAAACCUGUGGCUCCUAAUUCUGCCUAUGGUGGCAUACCUCAACUCUCUGCAAGUGGAAGAGAUGAACUCUGAGGGGCACACCAUGCCCGUUUAACUUCCUGGGGGUUACAUUUAGUAAUAAGGUC